AUGAGUGCAGAGGCAUCAUCAUCAUCAUCAUCAUCAUCAAGUGAGAUUAAAUUUCAAAAUUCUUCUUCAAUUCAAACAAAUUCGAUGGCUUCUCCUUCGAAUGUCAAUAUGGGUUUCUCGGAAAGGGCGUUAUCAGCCGCCGGGGCAGUGUUUUUGUCCGCCAUCAUAGUUAACCCCCUCAACGUCGCCAAGGUAAAGAAAGGGUCUGUUCCCCCAUCGUUCACACUUAAAGAUCAAGAUGGUAAAACUAUGAGCCUCUCGAAAUUUAACGGCAAGCCUCUUGUGGUCUAUUUCUACCCUGCUGAUGAAACCCCUGGUUGCACUAAACAGGCAUGUGCAUUCAGAGACUCUUAUGAAAAAUUCAAGAAAGCAGGAGCCCAGGUUAUCAAGAUUAGUGGUGAUGAUGCAGAAUCACACAAGGCAUUUGCAAAGAAAUACAAACUCCCAUUUACCUUGCUGAUUGAUGAGGGUAAUAAAGUCAGAAAAGAAUGGGGAGUCCCUUCUGAUUUUUUUGGAACAGUGUCUGGUAGUCAGAAAAGAAUGGCCAUCUGA